CUUGUUGUGUCUUUCUUAAACCUCAGAAAGUUGAAGUCUUUUGGGAUGAUGGCUAUGUUGGUGAGACGAGCUCUAUCUAGUCGUAACGCGAUUGGGUUUCUCAGAAGAAGCUCCGUUGUUGUUGUUCAAUCUCGUGAUUUCUCCAUCAUUUCUUCACCCAAUCUGAUGAUGGUAGGCCGGGAUUUGCAAUUCGAUGUGUCCAUGCCGGAUUUCCUCAGAGAUACUCGUCGAGGCUUCGCCAAAGGCAAAAAAUCAAAGGACGAUUCAGCAACUGGGAUGGUCGACGCAGCUCCAGAUAUCGGCCCUACCGUGAAAGCAGCAGCCUCUUCUCAAAUGGAAGCAGCCAUCGAUGCAUUAUCCCGGGAUUUAACUAAAUUAAGAACCGGAAGAGCAGCACCAGGAAUGCUUGAUCAUAUUGUUGUUGAAACGGGGGGAGUAAAGAUGCCACUCAAUCACUUAGCUUUGGUCUCUGUCUUGGAUCCUAAGACUCUCUCUGUCAAUCCUUAUGAUCCCGAUACGGUCAAAGAACUUGAGAAAGCAAUAGUCGCGUCCCCAUUAGGAUUAAACCCAAAACUGGAUGGCCAACGACUGGUCGCAUCUAUCCCAGCAUUGACCAAGGAGCAUAUUCAGGCAAUGUGCAAGAUUGUAACAAAGUCCAGUGAAGUUGUCAAACAAAGCAUAAGAAGAGCGAGGCAAAAGGCACUGGACACGAUAAAGAAAGCAGGCUCGAGCCUACCAAAGGAUGAAGUGAAAAGACUGGAGAAGGAAGUAGAUGAGUUGACGAAGAAGUUUGUGAAGUCAGCAGAGGACAUGUGCAAGUCCAAAGAGAAAGAGAUCACCGAAGCCUGAUUCAUCAUUUCUAUCCAUCACUAGCUGAACAAGUAUUCAGUCUUUUUACGCUACCUAAAAGACUCUUUAUUCAUUGCCAAGAUUUGUUUUUUGAAUGUUUGAUUUGGGGAUCUUCUUCAACUGCAAGAAAAUUGAUUAUGAGGA